UUGUUUCAUCAACCAUUUCAUCAAUACAAGCUUAUAAGUGAUUUCUCUGCAUAUAUUUUGUGUUCAAACAGUUGAUCAAUCAAAAGAUGGAAGGCAAAACAGUGAUAUUAAGUAUGCUCAUAAUGAGUCUUGUGAUGGCGCAAAUUCAAGUAGAAGCGGUAGUUUUAAAGGCCUGUUGCCCGACCCGGGCUGCCAGGAUCAUUUAUAGUGCCUGCAUGGUUAAGGGAAAAGGGAUACAAUAUUGUUCAGACAUUAGUAAAUGUCAAAUAGUCGUGGCCAAUAUUGUAUGUCCUAGUUUUCUUCCUCAUGACAUUUUGGGAAUUGCAGGUGAUACUGUCAAUGAAUAUUGUAAUUUGGGAUGUACCUCCUCUGUGUGCGGUGCCUUAACAACUCUUAGGGAAUCCGAUCCAAAUGAAACUGUUAAUGGAGCGGUUGAGCAAUGUGUUGAAAUAUGCUCUACUCUAUGCACCAAGGGCUCUGUUACUGCCUUUGAAACAGCCUAAACAAGCAUAUCGGAGAAGAUACCAUAUACAUAUGCGUGAAGGGGUGGUCAUCUUCCAUGGUGUUGUGUUCCUUAUGUUCAAUAAUUGUCAUGUAUGUGACAAAAUGCUAGACUCUCAGUACGCUAGCCUUUUAUAAGUUGUUUCAUGUUUAUGUAUGUGUGGUAGAAGGUUGCCGAUCCCUAGAAUGUAUAUGCUUUCUACUUCAUUUCUACCAUCUAAAUAAAGAAUAAUGUGUCUUUAUAAAUUUUUUUUCUUUCA